AUGAGCGACAUCAGCUCGGACAACAAGCAGGAUGACACUCUCAACCGCAUGAAGACGGCCGAGAGUGUCUUCCUGCCCAUCUCGCGCGAGACCUUCGAGAAGCUCUACCUGAGCCCCAAGCACCCCUCGGUCGAAGGCAACCUUAGGAAGAAGCUGGGUAACCCCACGCCUGUCUGUCUGGUUGGUUUCUUGAUUGCUUCGACGCCGAACGCGUGCAUGCUCAUGGGGUGGAGAGGCGCUGGAGGAAACGGCAGUGCCCUUAUCCCGACGUAUAUCUUCUUUGGCGGCAUUAUCCAGCUUCUCGGUGCAAUUGGCGAAUGGAUCAUUGGAAACACUUUUACCUGCGUAGUCUUCUUCACUUACGGAACCUUCUGGCUCGUCCAAGGCGGCGGCCUCAUGCCCUUCUUCGGUGCUGGAAUGAAUUAUGCAGAGGGUAAUAAUUUUGAAGGACUGGAAACGGCAAGCUAUCAUGCAACAGUGGCAUAUUACUUUAUAUCUCUCGGAAUUCUCACAACCAUAUACCUCAUCUGCUCGCUGCGUACGAACCUCUGUCUAUUCUCCGCACUGUUCCUUCUCGUCAUCACAUUCGGUCUGCUCGCCGGCGCAUACUUCCAGAUCGCGAACGGGGCGAUGGAUGUCGCAGCAAAGUUGCAAGAGGCUGCUGGUGCAUUCAAUUUCGCGCUGUGCUGGCCCAUUUGGUGGAUUCUUCUAACGCAGGUCCUGGAAGCGGUCGAUUUCCCGAUUGCUCUCCCCGUUGGUGAUCUGAGCAGCCUUGUCAAGGGACGGAGCCAGAGGGCUAAAGUGUCGAAUGCGGUCUAA